AUGGCUUCUCAAUUUGAUAUAGGAAGUCAAAGUAGUUCAAGUCAGCAAACUACGUUUGAUUCUUCUUCGUUUAGCGAAUUCUGUCGGUUUCUAGAAAUUGUUUCAAGAGCAAAAGGUGAUGCAAAAAAGAAAAAGCUACAAAAAUUCUUCCAUAACUGGCGGGCUAAAUGCGGAAAUGAUUUCUACCCUCUUAUGCGUUUACUUCUUCCACACCUGGAUACUGAAAGAACAUCAUAUGGCAUGAAAGAAAAUAUUCUUGCUAAAACCUAUAUAAACGUCUUGGGCUUGUCGAAGGAUUCUCCCCAUGCUGAACGGUUAUUGCAUUGGAAAAUGCCCGGAAGUAACAAAAAUAAAACUGCGGGUGACUUUGCUUCUAUUGCUUUUGAAGUUAUUGCUCCUCGAUCCACUGUUGUUAGUCAAGGAUCAAUGUCAAUUGAUGAUGUAAAUCAGCAGCUUGAUACGUUGAAUGCUUCUAGUGGCCAAAGUGAAUCACGUAUCAUAAUUCGCCAUUUCUUUACUAAAUGUACUGCCAUAGAACAAAAAUGGAUUAUUCGUAUCAUCCUAAAAGAACUUAAAAUUGGCAUGAGUGAAAAGACUAUAUUUUCCAUCUUUCAUCCUGAUGCUUCAUCUCUUUUUAAUGUAUGCAGCGAUCUGAGAAAAGUUUGUUCCGAACUACAAGAUCCUUUUAAGAGAUUUACUGAUUCUGAAAUCUCCAUAUUUCGUCCAUUCAAGCCAAUGCUUUCCAAAUCUGUUGCUGUUCAAAAUAUUCUUAAGACAAUGAGUGGUGAUUUUUGGAUUGAAGAAAAAAUUGAUGCUACGCAAUAUACAUAUAUGUAUGGCUCUAACAUGUAUGAAGGUGCCUUAACAAAACAUAUAUAUUCCUGUUUUCGUGAAGGUGUCCAAGAAAUUAUACUCGAUGGAGAGAUGAUUACAUAUGAUCCUGCUUUAGAUCUCUAUCAACCUUUUGGAUCAUUGAAAACUGUCUGCAAUGAUAAAUCCGAUGAUGAACAUAAAAUUUUGGUUUUUGAUAUCGUGCUACUCAACGGAAAGUCACUUGCUAAUUACACUUUGGAAAAGCGGCGCGGAUUUCUAAAAGAUUUGAUUACAGAUAAACCAGGUUAUAUCCAGGUCAUUCCUCACAAAGUAGGAAACUCUAUGAAAGAUUUGACUGAAGCUAUGGAUGAUGCCGUUAUGCGAAGAAAAGAAGGGAUUAUAAUCAAAAAACCUUCUAGUACUUAUAUUCUCAAUGAACGUGUUGAUGAUUGGAUUAAGAUCAAGCCUGAAUAUUUGGAUACACUUGGAGAUGACCUUGAUUUGAUUGUUAUUGGUGCUGAUUACGGCCAAGGAAAAAGAGGCAGUAUGUUUGGAAGUUUUCUGUGCGGAUUAAGAGAUUCUAAAACAGUUAACAAUGAAAUUAGAAUAUUAUCAUUUGGUCGCUUUGGUACUGGGUUCACAAUGAAAGAAAAUGAAGAAUUAAAAUCAUUAGAAGGUUGGGAACCUUUUGACCCUAAUCGAAUACCAGAUUGGCUUAUAAUCGGUCGUGAUAAACCACAUAUGAUAAUUCAUCCGGAAAAGUCAGUUGUAGCUCAAGUGAGAGCAUCUGAAAUAGUACCUACAAAUGAUUUUGCGACUGGUUUCACCCUUCGGUUUGCUCGAUUUGAAAAACUUCGCCCAGAUAAGGAUUGGAGUUCUGCCGCUAGCAUGCAAGAGAUGAUGCACAUCAAAAAAGAAACAGCAGGACGUCUACAACAUAAGAAAGUGACUAUAGAUGACUUAAUGACAACUUCAAGAUCAACAAAGAGGAAAAUCAGGGCACCACAGAGGGUUAGACGAUCCACUCUGCUUGAAACGUACACUUAUCAGAAUGUUAUGGUGACUAAAUAUAAAAGUUUCACAAAGUCAGAUCUGGAGCGUAUUAUUAAAGAACAUGGUGGUGAAUUUUUCCAACAUCCUGAUGCCUCUCCAAAUUUAUAUAUUAUUGCCGAAUCUCUAUCAAAUUUUCGAAUCCGUAAGCUUGCAGAAGCUGGACAACAUGAUAUUGUACACCCGCGAUGGAUCGAAGAAUCUAUUAGUGCGCAUCGUGCCAUACCGUUGAGUCCAAGAUACAUGUUAUUCAUUACCGAUGCUACAUCACAUGAAUUCAGCACAAGAAUGGACCAAUUUGGUGACAGCUAUACAGAAAAAGUCGAUAUAGAUACCUUGAAAGAGAUCUUUAAUCUUAAUCCUGUCGAGGAAGGAAUACACGAAGAUGGCAAACGUCGUCGACUAAAUGAUGAAAUAGAAAGUCGUUAUUUUGAUGAUACGGGUUUACCAAAUGCUAUCUUCAGACGUUGCGUAGUAUACAUUGAUUAUCCGCCUCUUAGAGAGGGUUCAGUGAUAGAUGAUUUAUGGGCAUUACAAGAAGGUUGUCGUGAUAGAUUGAAACUUAUUGAAUUGAUUCUUCGUUAUCAAGACGCUCAAGUUACUGAUAACUUAUAUUCACCUAAUAUAACCCAUGUGAUCUUUGAUGAAAGGGAUUUAAGUCGAGUCGAUGCUAUCAAAAAACGUUACAAAGGACGUCAGAAUGAAUCGAUUCCUUGUUCUGUGCGUUCGUCAUGGGUUACUGACAGUGAAAAUUUAGGCGCGUUAAUAGAUGAAAAAGGCAA